UGCGGUAACCUGUCUCCACAAGAGGCGUCUCACCUCAUUUUGGUGAGACGCCGCCGCUUGGCUGGCUCGGCUGCUUCCUCUGAGUUUCCAGUGAAGAAUAUCGGAACAGCGUUUUUGAGGCAUCAUUUUGAGAAAAGAGUUUAACUCAAGCUUCAGUUAUUUCUCUGCUUUGGGGACAUCCUAGCUUUAAAGAUGAGCAGUUUAAUGGCGUGUAAGGAGCCGUUUGAAAGAACCAAUUCUGAGCCUGUUGAGGACACGGACACUACCAGCUUUGUGGCAGAGUUUUCGUUGGAGGCCAAUUAUCCUGUCCAAGUCACAGAUACUAAUGAUGCUGUGACACUACAUCUUAGCUCCAUGCCCUCUGGAUACCUACACCCCUCCUCACACAACAAGAUCAGACAGCCAGUUGAAGAUGUGGAAGACUGCAUUUGCUCAACAUCUACUAUGCCGGACUUUCCCAAACAACUGCAAAUACUCACCAGUCCAUGUGAAAAGUGCUGCUGCCCAGCACCCCCACCAAAGAUCAGCGACCUCAUGAAUGACAAAGACCUGCUGGACUCACUGCGAUUAAAACUGGAUCCAAACCACUGUACAAUCAAAAACUGGAAGAACUUUGCAAGCCGUUGGGGAAUGAGCUAUGAUGAACUCACCUUGCUGGAGCAUCGGACCCAGGGCUCCUUGUCUCACAGCCCCACUCAGGAGUUUCUGCUGCGCUACAACCAGAAGACGGUCACUGAGCUCACCGAACUGUGCCGCAUCUAUCAGCGCAUCGAUGUGCUACGGCUGCUGCAAAGCUGGAUAGAGAAGGACUGGCCGUCACGCUGGCAACAGACUCACUAAUAAGUCAGAAAAUGUCUAUUUAUCAGAUUUUUUCUUCUAUGUUUCUGAAUUCAGGCUACACCAUUUUAGGUAAAUAUUUAGUAAAUGAACUUUUGAAAAGAAAACAGAUCAUGAACAGAAACAGGAGAGAAUGUCUCAAGUUAAUAAUACUGACUAUAAUAAAUACAUGAAACCAUGAUUCUGAAACUGCGCCCACCAAAGAUGGUAUAGCUAACAAAAUUAUUCAUGUAUUUAAACUAAAAUGUUGUCUAUUUGAUGGACUGCUACCCUGGCCAGGAGUACCUUCUACUUACCUGUUGCUUACUGGAUUAGAGUUAUGUCAAAAGUCUUUGUGUGCUUACAAAUUUGUUGUUUUUUUACAGAACCUGAUUAAACACCAAAUGUUUUUUAAAUGAUGAUUUCAUUUAUUGAGGAGAAAAAACUAUCCAAACCAACCUGGCCUUAUGGAAAAAAAGAAAAAAUGAUCACACUUUUAUAUCAUUAAAUAGUUGUUUUUAAGCACAUCUUUUGUACAAUUUCACCAGCCAAGCCCAAGCCUGAUUACUGCCAGGCCUGUAGAAAUCAAGAAAUCCCUUAAAUAAAACCUGUUUGACAGCA